CAAAGUCAAGAUGCCGAUUGGAAGUAAACUAGUUAUAUUAUUGUGCCUCUGCUUGAGCUUACGCUAUCCGACAACGGAGGCUAAUCCUGCAGAGAAUCGUGUGGCAAGAUCGAGCAACGAUCUUUACGAUUGGCUCACAAGUCUGUUUGACUAUGAGGAUUCCGAGGAGAUUUUACUCUGUCGCAACUGCACGGUUGUAGUCAGUCAAGAUCACCGCAACGGCACGGAUACCACAGCAGCUCCUGCAACUGAGGCACCAACUCCUGCACCAGCUCCUGCACCAACUCCUGCACCAACCGCAGCACCACCGAGUGGAAAUGAUGGCGCACCCAAUGUUGCACCUACAGCCGCAACUGCAGCCCCUCCACCUCCUCCCACAGUCGACCCCGCAGCUGUAACACCACCAGCCGCUCCUGCUGAGGGUCAAUAAGGAACGUAUUCCUCGCUAACCAUUUGAGUAUUUCCCCUUUUGACUGCAAGGAGUAUUAUAUAACUACCAUAGAUAUUUACAUUUUAAGUUAGUUUCGAAAAGGGAUUUCGUAUACGAGACAAAGGAACGCAAAUUUUCAACUUCUCACAAGAUUGUAUUAAAAUAGAUAUUUAACUGCUUU